AUGUCUUUGGCGCAAUUAUCCCGUCUGCUCCCUCUUCCCGAGGAAGAGCUGAAGCAGAUGCUCGACUACGCGACCACCCUCUCCAAGACGGAAGCUGCAGAGCAUUUCAAUGACCUGCUAGGCGACUCUCCUCAAGCCGUCGAUUUCAUUUCCUCGUUCAAUUCGCGAAGACAAGACACAAAACCCACAGCACCGACACCGACACCUACGUCGAGCAGCACCAGCGCCCCGGCGCCGGCUCCCAAGACAUGGCGCGGCCAGAAAAAGAAGAAGCAAUCCAAUCUACACACCCCGGCUCCAAGACAGAUCGACGCCGCACCUCCCCCGGGAGCGAGCUACAGCAAGAAGGACCAGCAGGAGGAAUUCUAUGGCGGAAAGAAGCCGAGUCAGCCUGCGGCGGAAAGCAGCGGGGGCGCAUCCUCAAACUUCAAACAGUCGUUGAAGAGCGCAACGCCUGCUCCCCCUCCGCAACAGCAGCAGAGAACGGCCGCGGGCUACCUGAUAUCCGACAAGGUCAAACCCAAAUCGAAUCCCGUUUCGAGAUGGUCGACGCCGAAGCCAACGGCCAAACCCACAAAGGUCUCGAUCGCCGGGGGCACCCCCAUGGCAGGCGCAUCGACGGCCCUGAACGAUCUGGACGCGGCGAUUCGGUCUUUGGAGCUGACGACAAACCCCACCAUGGGCGACGACCCCAAGGCGAGGAGAUGCAACUGCGUGGCCACGCGGCACCCGCUCCAGACGGCGGCGCCGAACUGCCAGUCCUGCGGCAAGGUCAUCUGCGUCAAGGAGGGUCUCGGCCCAUGCACCUUUUGCGGCACACCUCUCCUGUCCUCGGACGAUGUGCAGGGCAUGAUCAGGGAGCUCAAGCUCGAGAGGGGACGCGAGCGCAUGGCGGCUGAUCGGGAGGCUCACAAGCGCGCCGAGGUCAGCAAGAAGCCGGCGCCGUUCAGCCAGAACAAGAUGUCCGAGGCCGAAGCCAAGGCACGGGAGCACCGCGACAAGUUGUUGAACUUUCAGGCUCAGAACGCGAAGCGGACGACGGUGCGGGACGAGGCGGCCGAUUUCGACGUCAGUGGAGCCAUGGCCGGCAGCGGGGGCAACAUGUGGUCGACGCCCGAGGACAGAGCCAGGGAGCUCAAACGACAACAAAAGAUUCUUCGCGAGAUGGAAUGGAACGCGCGACCAGAGUAUGAGAAGCGACGGCAGGUGGUCAGCAUCGACGUCGUGGGCGGCAAGGUGGUAAGGAAGAUGGCAGCGGUAGAGCGGCCGAUGACGCCGGAGGAAGAAGACGUCGUGGUUCACGAGGACUACAAAGAGAACGACUACGUCAGCAGUCGACAGCAGAGCGGCGGCGGCGGCGCGUUCAGUCACAACCCGUUACUGGGAGGGUUGAUCAAGCCGGUGUGGGAUGCCAAGGGGAAGGGAGCGCAACUCGAGGGUCGCAAGGACAGGAAGGCGCAGUGGAGAAGAGUGCAGGACGACUUGGUGGACAACGAGGCGGUAAUCCUGGACGGCGGAGCGCGCGGGCACUCGACGACGGCGGACGAGCCAGAGUGCGGUUGA